AUGGAUCUCACUGAAGUGCCAACCACAUCGCGAUUAUUCGAUGUUCCUGAUCUAAAAUACUUUUGCACUCGCUUCAUUGCCAUCUCACUAUUUCAGGCCAAUAUUCGUUGGCGGAGAUUACCAGAUGUAGUGAGAAGUUUAAAAAGUUGGCUAGCCGAAGUGGAACUAGCACCACUCAUGAAGAAACAAAUACAUGCUGGAAUUGGUGAAACUGUUCGUGAAGUGCAACGAUGGGGUGAAAAACAUGUCGAUCUUUUCGAAGAAGAGAAACCUCGACUGAUAGGCGACUCACGAAUUAUUCGAGUUCAACGGUGUGAACACUUACGCAUGUUCUAUGGGAGUAUCACUUGGAAAGAAAAUAAAUAUGAAAUUGAUGAUUCGGCAACUGCUAAGAAAAUCAUCACAAAGGAUUGUGCUGACUGGCCGCAAAUGCAGUUUCAAUUUGCAUGUGCUUAUGCAAUGCUGGAACUUCUAACGGAUCAAGCAGUCUUCGACCGCAUACGUCGACGAGCGUUCUCGAAAAGGCUUUCAAAUCACUGCCUGUAUGAUUUUUGGCUGACCAUUUUGAGUGACUCCAUUGCAUGGGAGAAGAUGUUCAGCUCAGAUGCGGUUGCUCCAAAGCAGAAGUUAUCAUUGGUUUUUCAAUUUGCAAUCGUUAAUGGCUAUUUUGAAUUGAUGAAUUUCAUUUGGGAACGUGUCUCUGAGCCACAACGCGAAUAUAUUGGUAUGAAUGCCGAGAACAAAGGAAGUGAGAAGCAUGAAGACGACGUUCGUAAGCUUGAAUUUUUGUUGGAUAAUUGUUGUCCACGACUGCGAAAUGCGAUGCUAUCAAUGGAGAAUUUCAAAGCCAUCACGGAUGCAUUUGCUUACAAUCAGGUUGAGACAUUCGCAAUUCUGUUAGAACAUCUCGACUCUGAGCAAUUGCGAUCGGCAAGGGAAUUUGUUGAUCGUAUUUAUGAUCGUAAACAAAACGAACAAGUACGUGGAUUCAGACAAAUGAUAAUGCGACGACAAAACACGAUUGACUAA